UCGUAGCGCAUGUAUUUCCAUUUUCCUUCGCGUUUUGAAAAUUUGUAAUUUGGUCCCAUAUUUUCAAUUAUAAAAACAUUUAAUAAAAUUAUAACUGGUAAAAGGUUUCUCGCAAUGGACCACAACAGCCGACAACUGGCCGAGGACACCUUCCUACGAGUUCCUGCAGACGCUCGCAUAAGGAACAAGCAACAUAAAGAUGAAGAAGAACCAAGUCAUCCAUCCUUAAAAGUGGAAUUACAAACUAUUCGGCUCAACCCUGACUCUCAGAAACUUAUCCUGGACACACUAAGGUUUAUCCAUGGUCCAGAUUUUAAAUUGGAAAGUGCUGCUAUGUAUAAGGAUAAAGGUACGAACCUCGGCAAUCGUUUCUGGAUGGAAAGAGGCAACCUCGUUGUCAGAGGAGGCUGUGAUUACUCACUCAACAUUAAGCCAGACAUGAAAUCCUCUGAAACAAGACUAAGACAGUUUGCAUUGUCAAAGUUAGAAAAAUAUUGUUUCCACAAACCACAUUGUGCUGAAGCAUUAGAAAAUGCCGCGGAAAAUGUUGACAGUGCGUUAGAAAUCCUAUUUUAUAAAUACUUCAAUGUCACUCAACAAGAAAAGCCUGAAAAUAUCCCAUCAAAAUCAGAACUGUUGGAGAUGAGAAACGAUGAAAAAGCUGUACUCGAAUCGAUUUAUGAAAAUAGCUUUAAAGCGAAAGAUAUUAAUCUGUGGACAAUGAAACUAGAUUUAGAAUAUUUAACGAAAAUAUAUCAAACGACAGAAACUCAAAUCGCAAAGGUGAAAGUACACAAAAAUACCAACUUUAAAACCAAAAAGAAAGAAGCGUGCAAACUAUUUUUACGUGGCGAUUGUAGAUUUGGAGCAAAAUGCAAAUUUUCACAUGAAACUGAGACAGUAGCUAAACCAAAUGAAAAAGAUGAUACAAAUAGUGAAAAAGUUUCUUAUGAAUUAGAAAUAAGAUUCCCUGAGGACACUGCAUACCCAUAUGAAGCACCAUUAUUGUUUUUCAAACCUGAACACAGUUCAAAUUUAAUUCCAGAGCUUACUUGUUUACGAAUAACGGCUAGGUUAUAUGACGAAGCGAAACUUUUAGCCCAAGAUGGUAUACCAAGUAUUUACACUUUAGUAGAAUUACUUAACAAUGAAGAAGAUAUAUUAAAUUUUAUACAAUUUGAUACUAGAAAAUUUCCUGAAGCAUUCAAUGCUUUGUUUCCUCAAUUAAUAGAGAAUUCUAAUUUAGAGAAUUCUAAGAAACCCACUCACUAUAAGAAAGGUCAAGCCAAAGAUAAUAGAUCCAAUAUUAAUAUUAAAGCUUUAUUGAAAGAAAAUAGUGAAAUAGCCAAAUGGUGGAAAGAAAAGCGUGACAAUCAAAGGUAUCAAAAAAUGAUGUCUUCUAGGAGGAAACUCCCUGCGUGGCAAAAGAGGCAAGAGAUUUUAGAUUCAAUAGAAAAAUCACAGGUAGUGGUAAUCAGUGGAGAGACUGGUUGCGGUAAAAGCACACAAGUCCCGCAAUACAUUUUGGACGAUUGGCUGAACAAAUACAACAAAGGCGGACGAGAACACGUCGAGAUAAUCUGCACUCAACCGCGGAGGAUAUCAGCUAUCGGAGUCGCUGACAGAGUGGCUGAUGAAAGAGUUGAGAAGACAGGACAAGUUGUUGGUUAUCAGAUCAGGUUAGAAAGCAAAGUGUCAUCAAAAACACGUCUAACGUUUUGUACAACUGGCAUGUUGUUGAGGAGGUUGGAAUACGACCCACAGUUGACGUCUAUCACUCACAUAUUAGUUGAUGAAGUCCACGAAAGGUCAGAAGAGAGUGACUUCCUGUUGCUAAUAUUGAAAGACCUUCUCAAAGUCCGGAAGGACCUCAAUGUAGUCCUUAUGAGUGCUACUUUGAAUGCUGAGUUGUUCUCGUCUUACUAUAACGAGGUUCCGGUUAUUGAAAUACCAGGUAGAACAUUCCCUGUGGAACAACUAUUUUUAGAUGACAUUUUGGAUGUUACCAAUUAUGUCCUUGAAGAAAACAGUCCCUACACACGUAAAGUUAAAAAAGGAGACAAAGACAAGAAGGUAGACUUUGAGACAGAAUUGAAAACGUAUGACGUAAAAUCAGACUCAACUGAGCCGCCCAAAACGACGAUACGCGACGAGAACCUUACGAUAUCGCAAAUGAUGGCGCGGUAUCCAAAUUGUAGUAAAAAAGCUAUCAAAGACAUGUAUAUUAUGGACACUGAAAAGAUCAACCUAGAACUGGUGGAACAUGUCCUGACAUACAUAGUGGAAGGAGACCACUCGUGGCCACGAGAGGGCGCCAUUUUGAUUUUCCUGCCCGGCAUCGGGGAGAUUAUGUCUUUACACGAGCAACUAGCUGACAGUCGCACGUUUAGUCCCAAGACAGGUAAAUAUGUAUUAGUGCCGCUCCACUCGACAUUAUCAAGCGAAGAACAAGCCAAGGUGUUUCAGAAACCAAGCAAAGGGUCGAGGAAGAUCGUGCUGUCUACCAACAUAGCGGAGACUUCUGUCACUAUAGACGACUGCGUCUUUGUGGUCGACUGUGGACGGAUGAAGGAAAAAAGGUUCGAUUCCAACCGUAACAUGGAAUCCCUGGACCUAGUGUGGGUGUCGCGAGCCAACGCGAAGCAGCGGCGCGGCCGCGCGGGGCGAGUCAUGCCUGGAGUCUGCAUACAUCUGUUCACGUCCCACCGGUACAACUACCACCUGGCGGAACAACCCGUGCCUGAGAUACACAGGGUGCCGCUAGAGCAGCUGCUUUUGAAGCUCAAGAUACUACCCUUGUUUGAGAGUAUGAACGUACACGAAGUAUUAGGUAAAACGAUAGAACCGCCUCUCAAAUCGAACAUAGAUGGUGCUCUGACUCGUCUUCAGGACGUGGGUGCUUUGGACAAAACCUUCGCGUUGACGGCUCUAGGCAGGCAUCUAGCUGCCUUACCGGUAGACGUGAGGAUAGGAAAACUGAUGCUGUUCGGAGCUAUAUUCUGCUGUGUGGACUCUGCCUUGAGUAUGGCAGCCUUCUUGAGCCACAAAAGUCCGUUUUUGUCACCAUUUGGGAAAAAGGCAGAGGCGGAUUUAAAAAGGAGAGAAUUCGCCUGUUCCAACAGCGAUCAGCUGACUACAUUGAGAGCUUACAGAAGAUGGCAGCAAGCACUUAAAACAAGCACACACGCUGCGGUGACGUUCGCUAGAGAGAACUACAUCUCACACAAAACCCUGCUGAUGUUAGCCGACAUCAAGCACCAGCUGCUUGGUCUACUGGCUUCUAUAGGCUUCGUGCCGGACAUGCCCGAUUUGAGGAGAAAGAUGAGGAAGGAUUCUGUAGCCGCUCUCACUGGAGAAGAGUUAAAUUGCAACGGUAAUAACGACAAGUUAUUGGCGGCGAUACUCUGCGCUGCUUUAUAUCCGAAUGUAGUUAAGGUGCUAACUCCAGAGAAAGCGUUUCACAUGCAAGCAGGAGGUGCCAUACCCCGUCAGCCGACUCCUGACGAGCUGCGGUUCAAGACCAAGUCAGACGGCUAUGUAGCGCUGCACCCGUCCUCCGUGAACUCCGUCGUGGGCUACUUCGCGAGCCCUUACCUCGUGUACCAGGAGAAGGUGAAGACGUCCAGGGUGUUCAUACGGGAGUGCAGUAUGGUGCCUCAGCUGCCGUUGGUUCUGUUUUCUGGUUGUACAUUGGCAGUGGAGCUUCACAACGGCACAUUCAUAGUCUCGUUAGAAGAUGGCUGGAUCAUGUUCCAGGUGGAGAGACAUGAAGUUGCCGAAAUGCUCAAGACUAUUCGCGUGGAACUCAUAAAUCUUCUAGAAGAGAAGAUUAACGAUCCGUCUCUAGACCUUCUCCAUUACGAGAAGGGAAACAAAAUUAUAAAGGCAAUCGUCCAAGUUAUAACAAAAGAUUAAAAAUUUAGUAUAAAUUGGUGUAAAAAAGUUUAUAUUUUUCAUUACAUUGGCUUGUAGUGAUUUAUGUGUCGUUGUUAGUAUUCUGAAAAUUGUAGAAUUGCACAUCAACAUUUUUUUUUUAAGAAUAUUUGCCAUAUCUUUUAAAUAUGAUCAAUAUUCCUAUUCUCUCGAACUAGUCGGGAAAGAUUGUAUUAGGAGUGGAUACAAUACCCCAGCGGGCGGGAAUCGAACCAUGACCUCUCGGUAAUGACUUCGACCCCUUUACCGCUGAGCUAUUGAGGCUAUAUUUUUCUCACCUGAAGGUAAGUGACGAUGCAAUCUGAGAUGGAAGCGGGCUAACUUAAGUUAACUAAGUACGUCUUUGCCGGUAGGGUGGUAACUAGCCACGGCCGAAGCCUCCCACCAGCCAGAUCUGGACCAAAUAAGAAAUCCUCAAUUGGCUCAGCCGGGAAUCGAACCCACGAUCUCCGUCUUGUAAAUCCACCACGCAUACCACUGCGCCAUGGAGGUUGUCAAAUCUUAUGUUUAUCAGUUGAUGUACAAUUCUGUCGACUAUGUAGAUAAACUAAAAUAUGUGUAUUAUUCCCGCCUAAAUACUUAAAUAUGAAAAUUAAUAGAAUCUAUAUCUGUAUUAAUAUAUAAAGCUGAAGAGUUUGUUUGUUUGAUUGACGCGCUAAUCUCAGAAACUACUUGUCCGAUUUGAAAAAUUCUUUCAGUGUUCGAUAGCCCAUUUAUCGAGGAAGACUAUAGGCUAUAUUUUAUCCCCAUACUCCUACGGGAACGGGGACCGCGCGAGUAAAACCGCGCGACGUCAGCUAGUUAUAUAUAAAUAUCUAUAUCUAUACUAAUAUUAUAAAGAGGUAAAGUUUGUGGUUUGUAUGAUCUCUAUCUAAGUCUACUGAACCGAUUUUGAAAAUUCUUUCACCACUAGAAAGCUAUGUCAUUUUUGAGUGUUAUAGGCUAUAUUCUAUCCCCGUAAACUCCAGUGCGUAGGCUACAAUUUUAUAAAUAAUAUUAGUUACUCACAUUAUCGACUUUUUAGCUAAUUUAUUAGAUGUAUAUUUUCUCAAGUCCACGUCUAUUUGUACCUUUAUUUUAAAUUGACAUUACACCUAACUAUACAUUUGCAAGAUCAACUUAUAAAUUGUAGAAUUGUAAAUUAAGUAGAUUAAUGUUGUAAUUUUUUUGUAUCUAUUUAUUUAUUUUGUAGAUAAUACAAGCAUAUAUUAUUUUUAUUUGAAAAUCUAAACUAAUAUAAUAAAGACGUAAAGGACAUGUCCCAAUUUUGUAUGGAGGCUGGGCCUUUAUUCCGAGUGUCAACUAAGCAGAACAAGUUAUUAUUAUCUUUAAAAAAGAACAUAAAAUGUAGGGCUUAAAACCCAAAAUGAAAUUUUUUUUGGAAACCGCAUUUUUUUUUAAUAAAUUAAAUAGAAUGUAUAUUUUUCAUUAGCUGACAACAUUAAUUGAGAAUUAUGGCAACAUGCUUGUAACUCACACCUUGACAGAUUGUCAGUGAUCUUCGCGUUCAUUUAUGACGAUUUUAAUGCAAUUUAAGGAUUUUUUUUAUUUAAUGCUUCUCUGUCUACGAAUUAAUGUUUCUUUUUAACUUGUGUCUUAAUGACAUUUGACAAUAUUACAUGACAUUGACAGCUUACACCGGAUAUGAAUUCAAUUCCAGGUGUUUUUAUUGGCUGUUUUGAACACUUUCCUGUAUUGUCUAUGUUUAAUUUGUAAACAAGGGAGCGAAACAAAAAAAAAAAUAUUUAUCUAAUUAAUGCGGUUCCAAAAAUUCUGAAAAUUAUUUUUUUAACAGCAAUUUGUAUCAUCUAUCCGUAAAAAUACUAUUGACCUGCUUAUUAAUUAUAUAUCAAAGCCUAUUUUGGGAUAUAUCCUUGGCGUUGUAGAGGGUAAUCUCUGGAUCUACUGAAAUGAUUUUGAAAAUUCUUUCACCACUAGAAAGCCACGUUUUUUGUGAAUGUCAUAGGCUAUAUUUUAACCCUCUAUUCUUCGAUGUAACGGCGGGGCGUCAGCUACUGGUAAUAAUAAAAAAUAUCUUUUGUAAAUAAUAGAAAUUAUUGUUUUUCUUCAAGUGAACGUAGCGUAGCCAUUUACGUGUGUUAAUCAUUAAUUACAUUACCUAUUGUAUGUCAAAGGCAAAGUUAAUUUAUUUUAAUUAGAGUUGACAAGCACUUUUGAAAAAUCUAGUUAUGUCAUGAUUAAUUAUAUUAAUUAAUGUCGAAAACUGAAUGUAAACUCUUAUAUCAAAAUGACCUAAUGAAUGUGAUAAUAUAUUAAAAGAAUAUAUUUGUUGUAA